GGCGCGGCCAACCUUUUCCCUCCACCUCAGCGACACUUUUGAGUGAGGGAGAGAGAGAGGCAUUAUUCCGGCGAGGAGCCGAGAGGCGGGCGGCGUGGCGAAGAGGGGGAGAGCCAAGUUUCUGGCGGCGGCGGCGGUGCUGAGGUCCGCCCCGCGGCGCUGCCCGGCCAAGGAGUCGCCUCCCCGCCUAUGCCCCACUGCGAGAGGGCGGAGGAGGCGUGGUGGUGGGCAGCGAGCCCCCUGUGCCGACGGCGCGCCGACCAUGCCAUGAGCGCCUCAGCAGCAGCCACAGCAGCUGCCGCCGCCUCCUCCUCCUCCUCCUUUCCCUCUGCAGCCACCCAAGCGCAGGAGAGCAGCCGAGGCGCCGCCGGAGCUGCCGCUGCCGCCGCCCGCCCCCCUCGCCAUGCAAGGGCUGUGCUGCUGCCUCUGCCUGGUGGCGGCCGCCGUGGCAGGGCUGUCGGCGGCCAACCGCAACUGCCCGGACCUCGUCGUGGACAGCUGCCUGUGCACCGCCGAGCGCUCCAAGGGACCCGGCCGACAGACCGUCCGCAUCAAAGUUGUCUGCAGCGGAGGCGAGUUGGUGGAAACUUUGCAGCCUGCCUUGUUGCCCAACCGUACCGUGUCCCUAAUUCUGAGUAACAACAAGAUCUUGUGGUUAAAAAACAACUCUUUCAUUGGACUGAGAUUCUUGGAGAGACUAGAUCUGAAGAAUAACUUGAUUAGUACUAUUGAGCCUGGGGCCUUCUAUGGACUUUCGGAACUGAAGCGUCUGGAUCUUUCUAAUAACAGAAUUGGCUGUUUAACACCUGAAAUCUUUGUUGGCCUUAAAAACCUUCAUAAAUUGAAUUUAUCAGGGAACAUUUUUUCAAGUCUCAUGAAUGGACUCUUCUCUGAGCUUUUAGCUCUGAAAGCCUUACAUUUCUACACUGAUUCUCUCACCUGUGACUGUAAUCUCAAAUGGGUUUUACACUGGGCUAGAAAUGCCUCAGUUCGGAUCUCAGAAGAAACAGUUUGUGCUUUCCCCAGGAGUUUACAAGGAACAGCAUUUCAGAACCUGAAAGAAAACCAGCUGAUGUGUGCUGGACCGCUGGAGCUGCCUCUAUUUGAAUUGAUACCAUCCCAGAGACAGGUGGUUUUUCAUGGCGACCGCUUGCCAUUUCAGUGCACAGCAACAUACCUCGAUAAUACUACACAAGUGCAUUGGUUCCAUGAUGGACGCCUAGUUGAAACGGAUGACGAAAGUGGCGUGUUUGUGGAGGACAGCAUAACGCAUGACUGCUGUUUAAUCACACGGGAGCUUAUUUUGUCCAGCAUUGAUUUUGAUGCAACAGGAAUGUGGGAAUGCAUGGUCAACACCUCCUAUGGAAACAUCUCCAAGCAGGUGGAAAUCGUUGUACUAGAAACAGCUGCACCUUAUUGCCCCGCUGAAAGGAUAGUUAACAAUAAAGGAGAUUUCAGAUGGCCCAAAACUCUGGCUGGCGUAAUUGCUUACCACCCAUGUCUCCAGUAUUCUGUCAAUCCAGCUUCCCUCUUGAAUGGAGCAGAAGAGUCAAAAGCAUGGCGUAAGUGUAAUCGCACAGGUCGGUGGGCUGAAGAAAGCUAUUCUGAAUGUCCUUACUCACAAGAAGCUACUCAAGUCCUUCAUGCUUUUAGUCAGAUGCAUCUUAAUUCCACCAAUGCACUUGAAUUUUCCCAUCAGCUUGCAACCUACACAAGAGAUGCUGCCAACUUUUCAGAUAAGGAGGACAUUAUCUAUUUGGCUUACAUGCUGGAAAAGCUAAUCAUAUAUAUGGAUGAAAUAAAAGAUCUUGCAGAUGCUGUAGUUGAGAUUGCCAGCAAUAUAAUGCUGGUAAAUGACCAUGUAUUAUGGAUGGCACAAAAGGAAGAUAAAGCUUGUACUAGGAUUGUACAGUGUGUGGAACAUAUUGCAAAUCAAACUCUGACCAGUAAUACACAGGUCAUAUCAAAGGUUUCUCUUAAUAUUGCUCUGGAGGCCUUUAUGAUCAAGCCAUCCAGCUUCAUGGGGGUGACUUGCACUGCCUUCCAGAAAAUAUCUGCAGAUCCAGACAGGCCACUGAGCCGCAACAAAGGGAACAGGGAGACAGACCAACGUUUGAAUUUUAAGUGCAAUGCUGGCAGUCAUGGUGCCUCUGUGGUUAAUUUCUCUCCAAUGGAUGCCGUGGCAGUAGCUUCAGCUCAUUUGCCACGGUCUGUCCUCUCUUCAUCUUCAGCCUUGCAAUCUGUUGAUAACUCCUCUUGCAAGCUACAGUUUAUUGCCUUUCGGAAUGGAAAACUCUUCCCGAGCACUGCAAACUCAUCUAACCUUUCAGAUUAUGGGAAGCACAGGACCGUUGGCACGCCAGUUGUCUUCAUUAAAAUAGAUGGGUGCAGUAUCGGAAACCUCACCAGUCCUCUUACUAUAGCAUUGAAGCACUUGACACAGGGUAUAAACCCCAUUGCAGUCUUUUGGGAUUUUGACCUUCUCAAUGGACAUGGAGGCUGGUGGGGAGAAGGGUGCUACCUAAUUAGCUCUACAGGCAACAUCACUACCCUUCAUAGUACUCACUUUGGUAACUUUGCAGUGCUAAUGGAUCUGAAGACAGUGUUGACCCUCCCCCAGUACCCCGGGGAGUUCCUGCACCCUGUGGUCUAUGCAUGUACUGCAGUUAUGCUGUUGUGCCUGUUUGCUUCAAUUAUCACCUAUAUUGUGCAUCACAGCACAAUUCGAAUCAGCAGGAAAGGCUGGCACAUGCUUCUCAACUUCUGUUUCCAUUCUGCUCUCACUUUUGCUGUUUUUGCUGGUGGAAUAAAUCGUGUAAAAUACCCAAUUAUCUGUCAAGCGGUUGGCAUAGUGUUGCAUUAUUCUACACUCUCUACAAUGCUGUGGAUUGGAGUGACUGCAAGGAAUAUUUAUAAGCAAGUCACGAAAAAGCCUCAGACCGCCCAAAACAGUGACCAGCCUUCUUAUCCAAAGCAGCCAUUGCUCAGGUUUUAUCUGAUUAGUGGAGGAGUUCCUUUUAUUAUAUGUGGAAUUACAGCAGCAAUCAACAUAAAUAAUUAUGGGAUAAAAAACUACGCAGAAGCGCAAUUUUGUUGGAUGGCAUGGGAGCCAAGUCUUGGUGCGUUUUAUGGACCAGUUGCUUUCAUUGUCCUGGUGACUUGCAUUUACUUCCUCUGCACAUACGUGCAACUGAGGCGUCACCCGGAACGCAAAUACGAGUUGAAAGAAAGGACGGAAGAUCAGCAGAGGCUGGCAAGUCCUGAGAUUGGCCACAGCCACAUCACUGAUUCUGGAUCUGUCUCCCAGGCAACAUGCUCAAUGAUGUCUUCUUCCUUGUUGGAAAACGAGCACUCAUUUAAGGCUCAGCUCCGAGCUGCGGCUUUCACUUUGUUCCUGUUUACCGCCACUUGGACCUUUGGUGCACUCGCUGUUUCCCAAGGACAUUUCUUGGAUAUGAUAUUCAGCUGCCUCUAUGGAGCAUUUUGCGUUACCUUGGGGCUCUUCAUCCUUAUCCAUCACUGUGCAAAGCGAGAUGAUGUCUGGCAUUGCUGGUGGUCCUGUUGCCCAUCUCGGCGAAACACAUAUUCAGUGCAAGUUAAUGUCCGGCCAAAGGUUAACGUCAACGGGGAAAGCCAGGUCCAUGUCCCGUGUCUCCAAGAAUCGCCUUGCCCUGCUAAAUCUGCCGUUUUUAAUCACCCAGCUGCUAGCCACUGCAAACUUACAAAUCUACAAGCUGUUCAAAACCACGUCAACUGCCUUUCACCCGUCACGCCAUGCUGCGCGAAAAUGCACUGUGAUCAGCUGCUGGAAGAUGACGCUCACAUUCAUGUACACAGCGAGGGAACUUUCAGGCCCAACAUGCACAUCCACAGAUGCUUGAAAAGCAGAACUAAACCACGCUACUUCAGCCGGCAUCGGUCUGCGGGGGAAAGAGAGUACGCUUACCACAUUCCUUCCAGCGUCGACGGCAGCAUCCACAGCUCACAUACAGACAGUCCGCACAGCGCGCAUGACGGCCAGACGGGCCACAGGCGGGCGUGUUGUGCGAAAAGCGACCCAUAUCCCACCAUCAGUCAGCCGGAAAGCAGCGAUGCAAGUACUGUGAUCUACAGUUGUGCUGCGGUGCCAGAGAGCGAGACGGUGCACCAUGCAGCUCACUUCGAGAUGCACCCGCGGACCCAGUCUUUACCAUUUAGCACAACCAGCCACAAUGGGAUUCUAAAGGGGAACCUGCACGAAGCCAUGAUCUACAGUUCAGACAGUACAGGAAAUAUCAAAACGGGGCCCUGGAAGAAUGAAACUACUGUGUAGUUGGGCAGCCCAGUUCUUCUCCUUUUACAGCUCAGACCAUCUUAGGCUGCAAUCCUAUACACACCUGGGAAACGGGCACCAUUGGACUCAGUGAGGCUCACUUCUGAGUAGACAUGCAUAGGAUUGCACCGUUAACCUUUGUUUUCCUUCUAACCUGAGUAAGAUUCUACAUGUUUGCGUAGCGCAUCAGUAAAUUGUACAGGUUCCUCAACCUAUUGUUUUCUUAAUAAGAAGAGGCUUUUAAAAAGUAGCGGUGGUUUUGAAAUUAUUUUUAAAAGAAUUAUGGGACAUGGUUGUGGGGGCUGGGUGUGUGUGUUGGAAAAUAAACCUAGGGGGUAGAAUACAAGGCAAUAUCCUUUGUUACCACUCACAGUAAUGUUUUCCUUUCCUUUCCUUUUAUUAUAUAUUUUUAAUUUUAACUAUUCUGCGUUAGCAUCAGCCACUUUGAAAUGCAUAUCAGCAUCACAGCCUUUCCUUCAUCAUUCUUAUGGGGGGAAGUUACGAUAGUGACAGAGAAGGAGAAAUUUCUAACCAGGCUUAACACAGCUCUUUAGAUCUAUGAAGACCACCUGUAGCAUACGGCCUGUAAAAUCAUGUAGUGUACAGUCGCUGUUACGUCUCUCUUCUGCUGGAGAGAAAUACUAGGUAACGUCCCUUGUUGACAUCUAUGGUGCUGUGUUGGUUGUUACUUCUUUUUGUUCCUUUUUUUUUUUUGCAUGACACACAGGUCAGGAUAAUACCAUUUGCUGUUUUCUAGUAUUAAGAUGUGUGAAAUGCAGGGGCAGGGGAACCAAAAACCUUAUUGUAAAAGGCGAUGGCUAUUCAUGUUGGUAUUACUCUAGAGCAGGCACGUCCAACUGGUAGGUCAUGAUCUACCAGUAGAUCACUGGACAGCUGUUAUAGGUCACUGGUAGAUCACUGGCUCCCCCCCAAAGAAGCUCAACAACUUUGGCUCCCCUAAAAAAAGCUAAACAUUUUGCCUUGCAUCCCCCAAAAGUGGGCCUUCCUCCUUCCGAAAAAAAAGCUCAAAAACAACUUUGACCUGAACCCCCCAAACAGGGCUUUCCUUCCUAAAAAUAAAAGCUCAACAACUUUGACCUGAACCUCUAAAAAGUGGGUACAUCCAGGGCAGUCUCGAGCAGGUCCGCCGCCCUGGCGCUGAGGGGCGGAGAUCGCUCUGGCGCCCCUGCCCUCGCAGGGUGCACCAUGGUUUCUGCAUGGCAAAGCCGCGUGGCGCCCUGGCGCCCUGUGCCACCGGGGGUCUACCUAGAGCCGGCCCUGGGUACAUCAAUGCCAGUUUUUAACUGUGAGUAGAUCACAGUCUCUUGGGAGCUGGCCACCCCUGCUCUAGAGCAUUUUGAAUCUAUGAAAAAAGGGAGGGCAGAGAAACCCACCACUGCACUAGUUUUAAGUGGCACAAUCCUUUGUAUAAGGUUAUAUGAUAGCUUUGAUAAGGGUCCACUCUAAUGUCUCUACAGAGCAUGCACUAUUCAUUGUAUGUGGCACUGUGCAGUGUAAUAGCAGCUGUCUCCAUGAGUUUCACUUCUUUGUAAUUAUGCCUUCUGGAACCAACCUGCAAGCUGUUCUACAAUUGUAUUUUUUUAUAAACAGCACCACCAAGUACAGUCUAUCAUUAACUCUUUGAGGACUACAGUCUUGCACUUAACGAAUUACUUAGGGCAGCAUCCAGCCCAAGUUCAGCAUUUUGGAGAGGACCAUUGCUUUUAAUGGAAAAGGGGAAAGCACUCCAUGUGCUUAUUAAAUCUACCCCACUGAUAUCAAUGGGACAUCAAAGUACUGAGGUUUUUACUGGAUCCUUCCCUUCAUCUGACUUGGAGCUGUGUUCAAGGAAAGACUUGUACAGGCAAUACUAAUAACAAUGUAGUCCAGAGUACUCAAAUAAAGGGGAAUCUAUCCGUUUUUAAGGCUGCAAUUCUUUUUGUUCUUUUCCUUUCUUUCUAAAAAGCCCCUUUCUAGGGAGUAAUGCAGUGGGCCUUACUUCCAAGUAAGCGUGCAUAGGAUUGCACUAUAAAGAAAUAAAAUUUUAAAGAUAUUUAUUUAUCAAUUCCACAUUUUGGGUGAAAUCCUUUCCUUCCCAUGCCCUUCCGUCCUCUGCCAAAGCAAAUUCGGGGUUGUCUGUAUACUUCCAUGCAAAUUUGACCUUCAAUUGCAUGACUUUUCAUUGAGUUAUUCUGCUCAGCUGCAGGACAUUUUAGGGUCAGUAGCAUUUUCUAUUCAGGAAGCUUUAGGCAAAGGAUUGUUUUUUUAAAAAAACAAAAAAAUUAGAUAUCCAUGAACAUCUGGACACAAGGCUCCAACUGACAACGAAAAAUAGAAUUAUAAUUACCCAGUUUUUUUAUUUAAAAAAAUCAAAAACUUUCAAUAGAGUCUGGUUAUAAAUUGAUGACCUAAAGUGAAUGGCACUAUACAGCCAAAGAGGGCAGGGCAGAAGGAGAGAGAGAGAGAGAGAGAGAGAGAGAGAGAGAGAGAGAGAGAGAGAGAGAGAGAGAGUCAUAUUUCCACAAAUAGAAAACAAAUGCAACAAGCACAAUGUUAUAUGGCCACCAAGAGAAAAUUUAUAGACAUAUCACACACGUUCCAAGUAUCCAUUACAGUACAUUAAUUUAGGCAGUUCCCUGGGGAUGUGCAUUACUUUGUAGGGGAUUAUUUUGUCGAGAUCUUUGCAGAGUUCAACUCAUUAUGUGUUCUUAUCAGCAUGUUACGAAUCCCUCCCAUUUAUGAUAUGUAAAAAUAUAUUUCCUUACAGUGUACAUAACAGAUGAUUAUUAUAAUUGUUGGAAUGUUAUAUAAAAAUGUGUGUCAAGAUGAAUGUGUUCUGCAGUGUUUGCAGGUGGGAAUUAGUACUCAAAGGGUUAAUGCUCAGUAUCUGAGUGCAAGGAACUUCCUUUUUUUCCUUUCUGUAUUUUUAUAAAGUUAAAAUAUAUAUUGUAAAUUACAGCAGAUAAUGUAUCCAUUGUGUGUGUGUUGUUGUCGUUGUCGUUGUUGCUGCUGCUGCUGUUGUGUGUAUCUUUCAAAGGUGAACAAAGCAGAAUGCACUAGGUGGGUGUUGAGUUUUGAACAGUAUUCAGCCUUUUUAUGAUUGCUUCUUUUAGACGAUGCAAAAAAGAAAAGAAAAAUACCCUGAGCUUUAUAAUGUAUAUUCUGUAUAUGCUUGAAUUGUCUCAGAUCCAAAAUACAGUAUUUUGCAAUGUCCGCAUAUUAUAAUUUCUUUUUCAUCAUUUCCUUUUCCCAUGUAUAUGUUACUAUCAUUCCACAACAUCAGUGCAACUAUAUAAGCGUAGAUAUUAUAUCAAAUGCCACAUCUCUGUAUCUCAGUGAUAUUUAUAAUACUCUGUAAUAGCUAAGUCAUAGAAGGUCUCUAGAAUUAUGCAAAAUAGUCCACACACACACACACACACACACACACACACACACUGAGGUCCAGGUGAAAUAGUCACAUUUCAGGAACAAAAUCAUUGAGGUUCUCCAGCUUGUGUUUCUAUUGCCAGUGUUGUUCUGUCCAACAAAAAGAGAAACUGCAUAAUUAAAUGGGUGCUGCUUUCCACAGACGAUCUUCUGUUACAGACCUCUCCUGAAGAUUAACAUUCAGUAUUGAUACAACUUCCAUAUUAUGUCUGAAUAUAAAGUUAUCAAAUAUUUCUGGGCUAAUUUGGAAACCAUGUUAUGCAAUAAUCUGUUUGCAUUAUUAUUUUUUAAAGAAAAUAUACAAUAUAAUUGCAGAGUAGGAGAACAUGAUAUUAAAUAAAUUAAAAAAUGUUUUUUAACAUCAGAUGUGACCCACAUUCAU